AUGGCGGGCACGUCCCUGGGCUACGCCGAGAGACUGAGCUGGAGGGACGAUGUAGGGGGUACUCUCGGCGACCCCGAACUCUCCGAACCCGACGCAGAUGAUCUGGAGCGAAAGAUCGACCGCCUCGCUGAGCUCUUCCGCGACGCGAAGGAAGGGGUGGUGGUGCACACGGGAGCCGGGAUCUCAACUUCAGCAGGGAUACCCGACUUCCGCGGACCCAAGGGGGUGUGGACCCUGCAGAAGAAGGGCGAGCCCAUCCCGCCCGCGAAGUGCAGUUUCGACCGCGCCAGACCAACCCCUACGCACAUGGCGCUGGUCGAGCUGCAGCGAGCGGGGUUCGUGAGGUAUCUCGUGUCCUGCAACGUAGAUUGCCUUCACAUAAGGUCGGGCUUUCCUAGGGACCGCCUGGCCGAGUUGCACGGGAAUUGUUUCGCUGAGAGGUGCGACGCGUGCGGGAGCGAGUACAUUCGUGACUUUGAGAUGCCUUCGGUGGGCUUCAAACCCACGGGGAGGCGGUGCGUGGCGGUGAAGGGAAAGCGUCGAUGUUCUGGUCAGCUCAGGGACCAGGUUCUCGAUUGGGACGACGCGUUACCUCCGAAGGAACUCAGGGCCGCGGAGCGUCACUCGCGCGAGGCGUCGCUGUCCCUCGUGCUCGGGUCAUCUCUCCAGAUCAUUCCUAGCUGCAACCUGCCCCUCAAGACGGUCCGGGGCGGGAAAGGUAAGCUCGCCAUCGUCAACCUGCAGAAGACGGGCAAGGACAAAAAAGCCGACGUCGUGAUCCACGAAAAGACGGACAUCGUCAUGGCGGGUUUGAUGCGGCGGCUGGGUUUGGCGAUACCCGAGUACGUGCACUCGGACACGAAGAGACAGUGGGACAAGACCUUCCGCCCCUUGAAGGUUGACGAAGAGGAUAGUGCGAAGCGAGCGCGCGUGAAGUAG